UGCUAAGGCGCCUAAGGCCAGGUCGCUGGAGGACCCUGAGCUAGCCAUGGCGUCCCCCGGCCCGCGGGUGCUGGUGGUGGGCGGCGGCAUCGCGGGGCUGGGCGCUGCGCAGAGGCUCUGCAGCCACCGGGCUGCUCCACACCUGCGGGUCCUGGAGGCCACCGCCGGCGCCGGGGGCCGCAUCCGCUCGGAACGCUGCUUCGGUGGUGUAGUGGAGCUGGGUGCACACUGGAUCCAUGGGCCCUCCCAGGACAAUCCUGUCUUCCAGCUGGCUGCGGAAUUCGGGCUCCUGGGGGAGAAAGAAUUAUCGGAAGAGAACCAGCUUGUGGAUACAGGAGGGCACGUGGCCCUGCCCUCCAUGAUCUGGUCCAGCUCUGGAAAAAGUGUGAGCCUGGAGCUGGUGACAGAGAUGGCCCGUCUGUUCUAUGGACUGAUAGAGCAGACCCGAGAAUUCCUGAAUGAAUCUGAAACCUCAGUGGCCAGUGUUGGAGAGUUCCUGAAGAAGGAGAUAAGUCAGCAGGUGGCUGGCUGGACUGAGGAUGAUGAGGACACCAGAAAGCUCAAGCUUGCUAUCCUCAACACCUUUUUCAACAUAGAGUGUUGUGUGAGCGGCACCCACAGCAUGGACCUGGUGGCUCUUGCACCGUUCGGGGAGUAUACAGUGCUGCCUGGGCUGGAUUGCAUCUUGACUGGUGGCUACCAAGGACUUACCGACCGCAUACUGGCUUCCUUGCCCAAGGAUACAAUGGUUUUUGACAAGCCGGUGAAGACCAUUCACUGGAAUGGGUCCUUCCAGGAAGCUGCUUUUCCAGGGGAGACCUUCCCUGUGUUGGUGGAGUGUGAAGAUGGUGCCCGCCUGCCUGCACAUCAUGUCAUUGUCACAGUGCCAUUAGGUUUUCUUAAAGAACAUCAUGAUACCUUUUUUGAGCCACCACUGCCUGCCAAAAAAGCAGAAGCCAUCAAAAAACUAGGCUUUGGGACCAACAACAAAAUCUUCUUGGAGUUUGAGGAGCCCUUCUGGGAGCCCAACUGCCAGUUCAUCCAGGUGGUGUGGGAAGAUACGUCACCUUUACAGGACACAGCCCUCUCACUCCAAGACACCUGGUUCAAGAAGCUCAUUGGAUUUUUGGUCCAGCCUCCUUUUGAGUCUUCACACGUGCUCUGUGGGUUUAUUGCUGGGCUGGAGUCAGAAUUUAUGGAGACUCUGUCAGAUGAAGAAGUGCUUCAGUCUCUCACCCAAGUACUCCGGAGAGUGACAGGAAACCCACAAUUGCCAGCAGCCAAGAGCAUGCUGAGGUCUCGGUGGCACAGUGCCCCAUACACCCGAGGUUCCUACAGCUAUGUGGCUGUGGGCAGCACUGGUGAUGACCUAGAUCUGAUGGCUCAGCCCCUCCCUGAAGAUGGAACUGGCACUCAGCUCCAGGUACUCUUUGCUGGGGAAGCCACACAUCGGGCAUUUUAUUCCACCACACAUGGGGCCCUCCUGUCUGGCUGGAGAGAAGCUGAUCGCCUCAUUGGUCUGUGGGACUCACAGGUGGAGCAGUCCCGGCCCAGGCUGUGAGUGCCUGCUGCUCUGCUCUACCACUUGGGCUGACCAAGCUCUCCGGUGUGAGGUUUGGGGAUCUUACUGGUAGCUUUAACUUUGGGAAAGUGGUUUUGUUUCUCUUAUCUGUUGGUGUCUGGCUUGGUCUGAUCAUGGAUGCCCCGCUAAGUGUUGUACACAUAAAGCAGUUAACAUUG